UUCAUUUCUUCAUAAGGGGUACAUUUUCUGCUAGUAGCAAUCAAACUAGAAUUACAGACAAAAGAAAAGGGAACUGUCACCCUUUUUCCUUUAUCUUUUUUGUUUGUGUGAUGAGCUUUGUCUCUGCAAGAAUCACUACUGUGGUUUGCAUACUUUGAAACUUCCAGUUAAGUAUCUUUUUCCCCUGACAAUAGCUCAUUUAGACUACAACUUGGAACUGUAGCUUUUUAUAACCUUCCUCUUCUUCUAACUAAAUCUUAGUUUGGGUCCUAUAAUUCUUGAUUUUUGGAGAUUUUCAGUAGUUAGAACUUGACUUUAAUUGGAGACAUUUUAGUUAGAUCAUUUUAAUUUGCUUACUUUAGUAUGGUUCCUUUUAGUCCAGUGAAUUAUUGGAUUUUGCUUUUCAGUUUAUUCUACUUGAGGACUUGGCAAUUUUCUUUUCCCUUUAUGGAUUUUGGUUGGUCCAGCAGGUGAGGUACUUUAAUUUGGAAGGCUAUUCAAUCAUUAGACUCCAGCCGACAGUGGAUAAAUUAUUUAUAAAAAAAAUGAAAAAAGUUGAAAACAUCUGUGACUGCAUUAUUGUGUUAAGGUUGUGGCUUAAUUUAUAGUAGCUGAAAUAACUUUUCAAGAUUCUCUUAAUCCCUAUAUUGACACGUAUUGUUGUUGAGAAUUUUACCUGCAUGUUCUUUUUUUGCUGCAGAUUCGAGCUUGGUUAUUUUCUUCUUUUGUUUAUCAGUAUUGGAAAUGGUUUAUCAGCACUUUAGUUUUUCUCAGCUUCCUGGAGUUACUUGAUGAGAUAUUAUACAUAAUCAGUUUGCUGCAUACAUAUCAGAGAAGCAUUAAAAAGUUGUUUUAUAUUUUCUCUGGCUGGUAAUUUUCAAGGUUGAAACUGAAUGAAUCAGUACUAAUAACUAGACAGUUGUAUACUCACUCACUGAAAAACUGAGUUAUUAAUGCAAUGGUUGUUGGAUAUUGUUAAAUGUUUCAAUUUUCUUUUAUUGGAUUUGAUGUGUGCAAAGUUCUGGAUGAUGUUGAAGUAGGUGAUGAGGAUGGAAAGGGGGUGCUAGCUAAAUUGGAUAAAGACACUUGUUACUUUCCUUCACAUUUUCUCACAUUGUUAACUCAGGUAAAAAUAAUUUAGAGUGUGGAAGGCAGUUUCGCGUGCUAAAAUUAGCAAUUUGAGGCUAUAAUUAUAUAAAAAUUGUGUGAUGGAAUCGGCAUCAUCGUGUGGAUCAUCAAAGAGGGCCAAGGCACCAGGAAAUAUAGCUCAAGUAGCUCAUUGCUUGGUUGAUGGAUGUAAUGCAGAUCUCAGUCAAUGCAGAGAGUAUCACCGUCGCCAUAAAGUUUGUGAGGUUCAUUCAAAGACUGCCAAAGUCUCAAUUGCAGGUCGAGAGCAACGGUUCUGUCAGCAAUGCAGCAGGUUUCAUUCAUUGGAAGAAUUUGAUGAUGGAAAGAGAAGCUGUCGGAAACGUCUUGAUGGACAUAACAGGCGUCGAAGGAAGCCUCAACCAGAUCCUAUGGCCAAAAAUUCUGGAGUACAUUUUCCCAGCCAACAAGGAACAAAACUCCUGUCAUUUGGCAGUGAACAAGUAUUUCCAAGUGCAGUAGUGAGCUCUGCAUGGGCUGGUGUUGUUAAAACGGACAGCGAUAUGGCAUUAUUCAACAACCAAUCACAUAUAAAUUGCAUGGACAGUCAAAAUCCGUUCCCUGAUUCUUUGGCUCAUAGCUAUAAAGUAGGAAGCCAAUUCCAAUUCAUGCAAGGCAGUGACCGUAGUCUCCCUGAAGCAGGAAUUCUAAGCAGCGGACAAAAGAUGUUCUCCGAAAUAGUUAAUUCUGAUCGUGCUCUCUCUCUUCUGUCAUCAGCACCCGCUGUAACUAGGGAGAUUGGUUUGAGUCACAUAGUGCAGCAGCCUGCCUCUAUCCCCCGCGGGCUCCAGUCACAACCCGUUCACGGCUUGCACUAUGGUGGUCUAAGCCAGUACCCUUUUGCUCAAGAUUUCAAUAGUAAACCUCAAGAUUCUGCUGCAGAUUCGCACUUAAGCAACAGCAGCCCUUCUCUCCAUUUCCAUGAUAUGUUACAAAAUGCACAAGAUGGAUCAUCUACAAGUGGUGCCUCUCAGCAAACACUAGCCUUUAUGUGGGACUAAACUUUCUGUUAAUCUUAUAUGUUUUGAAUCCUUCCAAGCAGAUGCUAUUCCUUUCAAGAACGUUUAGCUUUUAAUUAGUGAUAUAGUUUCCUCUAAAGCAGCUGAAUGUCGUAAGAUCCUAGCAUGAAGGUUGUUUGUGAGGGAGGUUGACUUUAAUUUGUGUGAUAUAUAAGUAGACUAUUCUAUAUUCCCUUCA